GUGUAGUCAUGGCGGCCUUCCGCGACAUGGAGGAGGUGAGCCAGGGGCUGCUGAGCCUGCUGGGUGCCAACCGCGCCGAGGCGCAGCAACGACGGCUGCUGAGGCGCCACGAGCAGGUGGUGGAGCGGCUGCUGGAGACGCAAGACGGUGCCGAACAGCGGCUGCGAGAGGUCCUCACUGCGGAGAAGGAGGUGGCCGAGAGCCUCCUCAACGCGAAGGCGGAGGCACACCAGGGCGGCGUUGAGUUGCAGCAGCUUGAAGCCGAGCUCCAGAGGGCCAGCGAGGAAGACGCCCGUCUGAAGGCCAGCCUCCUAUAUCCUUUCCUGUGUGUGCAGAACAGCCGGGCCCCAGCCUCACCCAGGAGGCCCUUGUUCACGCUAGAAAACACACCUGGAGCCAGCAGCCCUGGGCCCGACGGGGUUGGUGUGAGCACGUGGACAGCCCUCCCUCCAAAGCCAGGGGUCCUUAACUGCCUGUUUACUCAGCUCAGCCGAGAGCUGGAGGAGCUCAAGGAGAUCGAGGCUGAUCUCGAAAGACAAGAGAGGGAGGUUGACGAAGACACGACAGUCACCAUCCCUUCAGCCGUGUAUGUGGCUCAACUUUAUCGCCGAAUUAGUAAAAUUGAGUGGGAUUAUGAAUGUGAGCCGGGGAUGAUCAAAGGCAUCCAUCAUGGCCCCAGCGUUGCUCAGCCCAUCCACCUGGAGAGCACCCAGCUCUCCAAGAAAUUCAUCAGCGACUAUCUCUGGAGCUUGGUGGACACGGAGUGGUAGCCAGGAGCCUCUGGGACUGCAUCGUACAGUCCCACCCAGUGGGAACCAGCCUGUGGUGGGUGGUCAGUGCCUCAGUGGUGAGAUCAGCUUAAAAUUAAAUGUUUAUACG